UGAAUUAAAGAAUAAAAUUUUACUCUUCUAUUCCGUAGAAAAAAGAUCUCUUUAUAGUUCAAAUAAUUAUCUUAGAUUCAAUUUUUUAUUUAAGGAAAUGUCUUGGUUUCAAAAGACGGUUAAUUUAAGAUCAAAAUCUCGAGGAUGUCAUUUAAUUACUAGAGAAAUUGAAAAACAAGUCCCUGAAAUUGAAGAAUAUGAAAUAGGGAUGGCAAAUAUUUUUCUUCAGCAUACUUCUGCUUCACUAUGUCUCAAUGAAAAUGCUGAUCCUGAUGUAAGAGUAGAUAUGGAAAUGGCAUUGAAUAAAAUAGUUCCAGAGAAUUUACCUUAUGUUCAUACCGAUGAAGGUCCUGAUGAUAUGCCUGGUCAUGUUAAAUGUGCUCUUGUUGGCGCUUCUUUAAACAUACCAAUUACAAAAGGUAAAUUGAAUUUAGGAACAUGGCAAGGCGUUUGGUUAUGCGAACACAGAACACAUUCUUCUGGAAGGAGAGUAGUUGUUACCUUACAAGGUGAAAAAAGAGCUUAAACUUUCAUUAUAGAAAAUCCUUAUUAUAGAAUAUCAAAAAUUUAAAAUUUUUUUUAUGUAAUUGUGAAGUUUGAUAGUCUCCUUGAGGGAUGAAUGGUAGAAUAAAUAAUAUAUGAUUUAAAAUUGGUUAGUUUGCUAAUGGAAAAUUAAUUUUGUUCGUGAUACCCAUUUAACCUUGACCAAAUAAAAUGAUAAUUCUAAAUACUUAGCAUUCGA